AUGUCUCUUGGAAAGAAGGUCAUCCUCAACUCGGGCUAUGAGAUCCCCCAGCUAGGCUUUGGUACCUGGCAGUCCGCCCCUGGUCAGGUAGGCGAGGCUGUCUAUGAGGCCCUGAAGGCCGGUUACCGCCACCUGGACUUGGCCACCAUCUACCAGAAUCAACGUGAAGUCGCUGAGGGCAUCAAGCGUGCUUACCAGGAUGUUCCCGGUCUGAAGCGUUCGGAUCUCUUCAUUACCUCCAAGCUGUGGAACACCCAGCACCGCCCCGAGGUUGUCGAGGCCUCUCUGGAUGCCUGCCUGGCCGAGCUCGAAUUGGAAUACCUUGAUCUUUACCUUGUCCACUGGCCCGUUGCCUUCCAGAAGGGCGAGGAUUACUUCCCCCUUAUUGCUGACAGUACUGUUGAGGGUGGUGACGUGGUUAUUGACGAUGGUGUUUCAAUUGUGGAUACCUGGAAGGCCAUGACCAAGCUCCCUAAGAGCAAGACCCGCUCCAUCGGUGUCUCCAACCACAAGAUCGAGCAUCUCGAGGCUAUCAUUAACGGCACCGGCGUCGUCCCUGCCGUCAACCAGAUUGAGCGCCACCCCGUGCUCCAGAGCAAUGACUUGAUUGAGUAUUGCCAGCAGAAGGCCAUUCACGUCACUGCUUACUCCGCUUUCGGUAACAACAUGCUCAACAUCCCCCUCCUCAUCACUCGCCCCGAGGUCAAGGAAGUUGCCGAGUCUGUUGCCAAGCGGACUGGCGAGACAGUCACCCCCGCCCACGUCAUUCUUGCUUGGUCUCAGGUCGGUGGACACAGUGUAAUCCCCAAGUCAAUCACGCCUUCUCGCAUUCGUGACAACUUCAAAGAGAUUGGACUCACCGCCGAGGAGGUCCAAAACGUCAGCGCCCUGGGUGCCAACCGCCGGCGCUACAACAUUCCUUACACUGCCAACAAGCCUCGCUGGAACAUUGAUGUCUUCGGUGAGCCUGAGGAGCAGGCCGCUGAUCACAAGGUUAUCCUUUGA